GAGAUACUACUGCAACAACAAACUUCUACUUACGGGAAUACCUCACCUGGAAUAUUGCUGAGUGCGGCGUUAAACAACAAACAAAACAUAACCAAAUUGGAUCCUUGUCGACAGAUCGACGUCAAGUUCUGUAGUGAAUUCUGUUCAUCGUUGAAGUCAUGACACGGGCAGCGACAAUCACAGGGUGGCUUUUCACGAUAGGACUUAUUUCAGUCGGUAUUUCUCAUGUGUAUGGAUUAACACUGACAACAAAAGAUGAGACGGGGACUAAAGGACCCCACCCUGUGACUGUCAAGUGUGACUAUGUCGUGGAAACAGGAGAAACACUUUUUCAAUAACCAUGAGUAGGAAGAGAGCUACAGAGCCAGGUUUCACAAACAUUGCAACUUACAGACCAUCUGCAAGCUCAUCACUCUAUGAUUCAAGUGUUACACAGGAGUUUAGAGAUCGGACAACUCUCAUCUUAUCUGGUGAUAUAUACAGUGGUUCCACAAGUGUGCGAUUUGAUCGUGUUGACUGUGAGGAUGAGGCAGCUUACAAGUGUAUUGCUGCUUACCAAACAGUUGCUGGCGCGGCUGCUUCAGAAGAAGCUGAGAUGAACCUUCUUUUGCUGGCUGAGCCGGGGAGACCAGCCAUAACACCGUCUCCUGCAACUAGCACUGGCUACACGGAAGGACAGCAGGUUGAGUUCCGGUGCCAGGGAGCUGUUGGAAAACCUGCCGGAGACUUCCUGUGGUUCCGGUACCGUGGCAACACCUUUACGGACAUUACCAGUCUGGCCAGACUAAAUCCUCCCUAUCCGAGUUCAGGAACUUGCACCUCUGAACGAAUAAGUCAGCUCACUCUGAAUGUCAGCAGACUGGACAAUGGGAUGAUCAUCCGAUGUGCUGCAAACCACUCUACAAUCACAAAGCCUACAGGAUCCGGGACAUGCAACUCUACAUGUUAUCAAACUGACACCAUCACAGUUUUCUAUACGUUCAGUGACAGUGACCCCGAUGUCAGCUCCAACCCAUCAGGGGCACACACACCGUUGGUGACACCGUCACCCUGAAGUGUAACGCUGUUACCAACCCACCAGCGACCUACACCUGGCAGAAAGAAGGAGAGGAUAAUUCCACAUCACCUGGCGAUGAAUUGAGACUUUCUAAUCUCAAAUUGAAGAUUCUGGAACAUACACAUGU